AUGGGCAUCAAUCACCCUGUGCUUGCUUCUUUUCUUUGUCCGAUAUCAGCACUCGCUGAUUUCAACCGAGAUCCCGCAUUGUACGACGAGGAUGCCAUGCACGAGGGCCUGUUCCAGGGCUAUCUCAUUGAGCAUAUAAUGUGUCAUAUUUUUACAGGUCCAUCCACUGCAUUAGGUGACGACUCGCGCACUACACGUUCAUGCAACGCGUCCCUGCAUGACAUGACUACUGUCAAGGCAGAGCAUAUAGCAUAUGCUUGCGUUCAGGCACGCUUCGCCAUCAGCAACAAGAACAAAUGGUCCAAAGCGGACGGUGAAUUCAACAAUUGUGCGUUCUACUACAACAUUAUCAACUUCAUUCGCGAGUGCGAGGAUAGAGACUGGGCGGAGGCCUCAAAUGGUGGAACAGGUGGACCAACCAUAUCUGACAACAAUGGACCUGGAAAUUCAACUGGCUCGUCCUCCACUCCAGUAAACAGGCUGGCUAAAAUGCGAGUGCAGAUGGCCACUCGUGCCAGCACUGCCAAACAACCCACAGCACCUGAAGCUACUCCGACUAUCCCAACACCACCUCAAAGCUCUGUCACCCUGGAACCAGAACUCCUCCCACUGCCAGUUGCUUCUGUCACCCCGGAACCGGAACUCCCCCCACUGCCAAUCGUUCAAUCUCCAAGGCUCAUGCAGAUGGCCCCCAUCCCACAAAAAUCUCCUGCACUGAGUGAACUCACGCCAGAUGAUGUUCCAUCUGACAACAAUGAAGACUUGGAACCCGUCAGUACCAACAAAAGGAGGCAAAAGAAGGCACCGCCAACCAGCCGGGGUAAGGCUGACUGUGCCUCAGAUAUCGAGCGAUCAGAUGACACCGAGCUGUUUGGAUCCGAAGCAAAAGAGGGUAAACGGCAUCAUGAUGCGAAGAACAGCUUGCUAUCAGCUGAAAGUAUUGAAGGAGGUGAAGAAAUUGAAGACGACGAGUCCAGUACGUGGUUGGAUCAUGUGCAAAUGAGUUCUGCAGCAGCCAUGGUGACAAACACUGACUUCGACGUUGAAUCUGAGGUAGAUCUGAGUGCGGAUGGUUUGUUGGCAGUGUUGGCAGAAUCGCGACCUAAUGUGGACAGCACAGGGAAGGGCAAGGCGGAGGCUGAGGAUAUCAAUGGAAGUGAUGACGAGUGUCCGGAGGUAUGGGAAUGA